AUGAACAAGCGCAUCGGCCUGUCCUACAAGGAGAAGCGGCAGGAGCUGGUCUGGCUGGACGACAAGCUUGAGCAAGUGGGGCGGACGGAGGCGCUUCUGAAAGGGGAGCGCCACCUCCCUCUCCUGGGCCAUGCGCGCAAGGGAGAUGCUGUGGGCUUGGAGAAGCUCGCCCAAAAAUUGGCCGUGUCCUCCGAGCCGUUGGUCGUCAAGCCCCGUCAUGGCUCCAACUCGAAGCACGUCUUCCUCUGGCCCAGACCUCAGGAGGUCGACGCGAAAGAGUUGGAGGAAAGCGUGCUCAAAGCCUCUGAGUCUCACGACAAGUCCUGGGACAAGGAGUCCUGGAACCAAAAUGCCGUGCCGAAGGGUGUCGUGCUCCAGCCGAUGUAUUCCCCUUUGGCCGAGUUCCUCCACGGAUAUCCAUGCGAUGAGAUGGAAAGAAGCCGUCACGCCUUCGAGCGCGGCGUGUGCCCGAAGUUCUUGAGGCCGCUGGAGCUCAAGGUUCAAACACUUUUCGGCGAAGUCGUUGGGGCGCAGCUGAACACGCAUCCGCAGUACCUGUGGGUAGCCAGAGAUGGCAGUGUCCAUGUCUGGGAUCAGAUGGCUGAAGGUUUCCAGACCAGGCACGCAAAGGAGCCGGAGGAGCUUCCCAAGGAGCUGGCUCUCUUUCUGAGAGACAUCCUGCAGGAGCAUUGGCAGCGCCUGCGUUCAGAUUCGGAGAUGCUGGCGCGAUCGGCCGGACUCGACGAGAUCCGUGUGGACUGGCUGCUCGGGGAUCCGAAGUGGGGUCCACGCAUCGGUGAGCUGACACACAUGGGCACCUUUGCCAUCGAGCUGGUCCCUGUCUCGGUGCGGCUGGCGCGGGCGUUCGCGCAUGCCCACCUUCAGCGCAAAGGGGAAGCAAUUCCGUUUGCUUGCUUCUGA